AUCCUUUUUGGCGGGUAAUAUGCACACUACCCAUAAAAAACAACGACAACAAAAAUGCUCCACGGACGCACACAGCGACCACCUCAGCUCAGUACACUCCUCUCCAGCGAGCAGGCCAGCCGCUCCGCCAUUCUAGGUUAGCGUAGAUGGCCCGCGCCAUGAUUGCUGCGAAAUGCGGAAGCUUUUCUAUGAUUUUGGCCCCUUCACGGUGGUGGAGUUGUUAGGGCUUUCAAUGUGCCCCCCCAUUCCUCCUCGUGGUGGAAAAAAAGUGGAGUUCUUCGCCUUUUCUGGCUGGUAACGUCUUUGUUUUCCUCUGAAAGUCGCCAUCUUUACUGCUCGUGACUCGAAUCUUUGCAAAAGCUGUCUUUGCUAUGAUCUAGUCGCUCUCGGAGGAGCGUGCUUCUGUGGUGGAUGUUGGAUCUCGUCUGCUGUAUCGAGCGGAGACAGCGCAGAUCACCUUUGGUGAAGCAGCAGCAGUUAGGGUUUUACAAGUUCUUCUUUACUAUUCUUCGUGCUGUUUGAGUUCUAGCAUCGGUAGAAGAGGAAUGGAUCUGCUUACAAGAAUCUCUGUGUUCCUUCUCCUUGCCAUCCCUUGCUUAGGGCAACUCCCUUCACCGGAUAUCUUGGCACUUCUGGCGUUCAAGAAAGGGAUAACACGCGAUCCUACUGGAUACAUCGACGGCUCCUGGAAUGAGGAGUCCAUCGACUUCAAUGGCUGCCCUGCGUCCUGGAACGGCAUCGUUUGUAAUGGUGGGAAUGUCGCCGGUGUUGUCCUUGAUAACCAUGGCAUUUCUGGCUACGCAGAUCUAUCUGUCUUUGCUAACCUCACCAUGCUUUUGAAGCUCUCCAUGGCUAAUAAUAACCUUUCUGGGAGCAUGCCCGACAGCAUCUCCGAAUUGAAGAACUUGGAGUAUCUUGACAUUUCCAACAAUGCCUUCUCGGGCGAGUUGCCUUCGAGUUUUGGAAAACUUCACAGCUUGCAGAACUUGUCCUUGGCGGGGAACGACUUCACAGGGUCUUUGCCUGAUUCCAUUGGCGGACUUGCUUCAAUCAAGUCGCUUGAUUUGAGCCAGAAUUCUCUUUCUGGUCCCUUGCCUGCAUCUCUGACUGAUCUCAGGAACUUGGUCGCUUUGAAUCUGUCCUACAAUGCUUUUAGCAAAAGCAUUCCAUCUGGGUUGGAACUGAUUUCGACUCUGGAGUCUGUUGAUAUUAGCUGGAACCAGCUAGAUGGUAGCGUUGAUUGGAACUUUCUUAUGCAAUCAUCUAGUGUUGUCCAUGUUGAUUUCAGUGGGAAUUUGCUUACGUCCACCCCAAGGGAGUUGAAAUCCUUGUCGGAUAUCUCAGAGACUAUCAAGUAUUUGCAUCUCAGCAACAACAAAUUGACUGGCUCACUGAUUGGAGUUGGGAUUUCUACUUUUGGGAGCUUGAAGGUGUUGGAUUUAAGUUACAAUCAGUUAAGUGGUGAGCUGCCUGGGUUUAAUUAUGUAUACGAUCUCGAGGUUCUGAGGCUAGGGAACAAUGGAUUUAGCGGUUUCCUACCUGGUGGACUUCUCAAAGGCGACUCUCUGGUUUUACGCGAAUUGGAUUUGAGUGCAAACAAGCUAACAGGGCACAUUAAUAUGAUCACCUCAACAAGUUUGCAAAUGCUCAAUCUUUCUUCUAAUGCUCUUUCCGGUGAACUUCCGGUGGUGCAAGGAUCCUGUUCGGUGCUUGAUCUCUCUCAUAAUCAGUUUACUGGCAAUUUAUCAUUGGUUGCAAAGUGGGGAAAUGAUCUUGAGUAUAUUGACCUCAGCGGAAAUCAACUGACUGGGCGCAUACCCGAUGUAACCUCUCAGUUUUUGCUACUUGGUUAUCUUAACGUAUCUCAUAAUUCUCUGACAGAUGCUCUCCCUGCUGUUCUAGUUCACUAUCCAAAGCUUUCUGUGUUAGAUCUCAGUUUCAAUCAGCUCAGUGGCCCUAUUCUAGAUGACCUAUUAAGCUCCUCCACGUUGCAAGAGCUUCAUCUCCAGAACAACAUGCUUUUGGGUAAUAUCACUUUGUCGCCAUCUUUUUCCAACCAGUCCAAUCUUCGUGUGCUUGAUAUAUCUGCAAACAGGUUUGCUGGUUCUUUUCCUCAAAGCCUUGGAUCUUUGACUACACUCCAAAUCCUGGAUAUUUCUGCAAACAAUUUUUCUGGUGCAUUACCACCUGCUCUCACAAAACUCUCUUCCCUUACUUCUCUUGAUAUCUCCCUUAACCAUUUCUCUGGUUCUUUGCCAUCGUCGCUGCCUGAUACACUUGUGUACUUCAAUUGUUCAUACAAUGAUCUAUCGGGAAUCGUUUCAGAUAAUCUUAGAAAGUUCCCUGAGUCAUCUUUCCACCCAGGUAAUUCCAGAUUAGAGUUUCCAAGUGGUCCAUCUGGAUCUGGUAGUUCUACAUCGGAGAAUCAUGGGCAAAAAUCAGUGAAGACUUUUGUCAUUGUUGGAAUUAUUGCUGCUUGUGUAAUGGCUACAGUUAUUCUGAUCCUCUUAUGUAUCAUCAUGCGAUGUAGGAGAGCUUCCAGAGGGUCUGGAUCAGACAAGGUUUCUGACAAGAAUCUUCAUAGGCAAAGCUUUCCAGAAACCACUGGAAGCAAGAGCAGAGAAUCUGGCGGGUCAUUGGUGAUAUCAGCUGAUGAUCUCAUUGCUACCCGAAAAGGUUCUUCAUCAGAGAUACUUGAUCCAGAUGAAAAAAUGGCUGCUGUUACUGGAUUUUCACCAUCUAGGAAAAGUCGAUUUUCCUGGUCACCAGAUUCCAGCGACAUGUAUGCUCAAGAAAAUCUUGGAAGACUUGACGUACGCUCGCCAGAUAGGUUGGCAGGCGAUUUACAUUUCCUGGAUGAAACAAUAAUGCUAACUCCAGAGGAGUUAUCUAGGGCACCUGCAGAAGUGUUGGGAAGGAGCAGUCAUGGAACUUCUUAUAGAGCAACCUUAGACAAUGGAGUUUUCUUGACAGUGAAAUGGCUCAGGGAAGGAGUAGCAAAGCAGAAAAAGGAAUUUGCUAAAGAGGCAAAGAAAUUCGCAAACAUCAGACAUCCAAAUGUAGUCGGUUUGCGAGGAUACUAUUGGGGGCCUACCCAACACGAGAAACUUCUCUUGUCGGAUUAUGUUGCACCGGGAAGCCUUGCUAGCUUUCUGUACGACCGACCUGGGCGGAAAGGGCCCCCUCUGACUUGGGCUCAGCGGCUCAAAAUCGCUGUUGAUGUUGCACGUGGCCUGAACUAUCUCCAUUUCGACCGAGCCACGCCUCAUGGCAAUCUCAAAGCCACCAACAUAUUACUUGAUGGUCUCGACCUCAAUGCUCGCGUUGCUGAUUACUGCCUCCAUCGCUUGAUGACUCAACCAGGCACGGUCGAGCAAGUUCUUGACGCAGGGGUGCUGGGCUAUCGGGCACCUGAGUUGGCAGCAUCUAAGAAACCGUCCCUGUCCUUUAAGUCGGAUGUCUAUGCCUUUGGCGUGAUUCUCUUGGAGCUAUUAACAGGCAGGUGUGCAGGAGAUGUGGUCUCAGGCGAGGAAGGAGGAGUUGACCUGACGGAUUGGGUAAGGUUGCGUGUGGCAGAAGGGCGGGGAUCUGAUUGCUUUGACCCGACAAUGGCAACAGAAAUGUCAAAUCCAGUCACAUUCAAGGGGAUGAAGGAGAUGCUCGGAAUAGCAUUGAGGUGUAUUCGCCCUCUCUCUGAGCGACCAGGUAUUAAGUCUGUGUACGAGGAUCUCUCAUCCAUAUGAAACUAGCUGUGUUUAAUUCGUGUGGAAAACUUAGCUUUGGUUUCCACAAAUGCAAUGGCUGGCCUCAUCUCGAUGCCUAGUCAUCUCGUUUGUCGAAAAGGAUUAAAUCCAUGUGGUUAAACUAAUCGAUGUAGCUUGUUAUUUAGAAAAUAGCUGGAGUGGUGGCUGCUAGUUUAAAGCCAUGCUCACUUGUGAAA